GGGCCGGCCGGGCGUGCUUCCGGGUGGCGCGAUGGGGCGCAGGGCCGGCGUCGCAGGCUAGGGGCGACGAGUGACGGCUCGCCGAGGGUGGCGCGGGCUGGCCUCGGGGCCCUGGAGGGCAGGCGGGCCGGAGAAUCCGAGCCGUUGACUCGCCGCCCCCUCCCGGCAUGUCGGCUCAGGCCUCCGACCCUGCGGCCCCGGCCCCGGCUCUGGAAGCCGCGAAGCCCUCGGGACUGGAGCCCGGCGCCGCCGCCUGCGGUCUGAAGCCCCUGACCCCGAACAGCAAGUACGUGAAGCUGAACGUGGGCGGCUCGCUGCACUACACCACGCUCCGCACGCUCACGGGCCAGGACUCCAUGCUCAAAGCCAUGUUCAGCGGCCGCGCGGAGGUGCUCACCGACGCCGGAGGUUGGGUGCUGAUUGACCGCAGCGGCCGCCACUUUGGUACAAUCCUCAACUACCUGCGGGAUGGGUCCGUGCCGCUACCUGAGAGUACCAGAGAACUGGGGGAGCUGCUAGGUGAAGCUCGCUACUACCUGGUGCAGGGCCUGAUUGAGGACUGCCAGCUGGCACUGCAGGUGAGGGUCCCCCACCUCCCAAGUCCUACGCCCAUGUGCCUGGAGCUGUCCCAGGGUUAGCUGUUAGGACAGACAAAAGAAGAUGCACAAAAAAAGAAAGAAGAUGUACAUAUGGCCAAGAGCCUGGCUCUGAUUGGGCGUCACCCCGGAGAAUUUGGGAGUACUGUCGUCAGCAUCCCUCUCCUCUGCCUCGAGCAGAGCCCCUUCACCUCCCGUGCCAGAACUCCUGGUGUUUAAAUGCCUGUUCCCUGCUUCUUGCUGAUCCCUCCUGGCCAGUCCGGCCUCUUCACUCCCACCUGAAUAGUAAAGUCAUCCUUGGCAUGUUCCUGCUGGCUCCAGCCACUGGUGGUGCGUGCUUGAUUGUCCCAUCGGAUGGCUCGUACCACUGGUGGUACAAACAGAUCUAGUCAUGUUUCUCGGUCUUUUUACUAAUAAAAUUAAUAAAAGCUGCCAAUGAGACAGUCAUGCAUAUAUCACUGUAGUUGGUGCCACCCAGCAGCGAGACCUAGGAAUUAUGGCCCUGUUGUGAAUGUGUUAAACACA